UAGGGCAUCGUCAGAGGAGAAAGGGUUUAACUUCCCUCUGCUUAGGAAACCCUAGAGCCUCCUUCCGUUCGGCCAUAACAGAGAGAAACUUCCUUCCACAGAGAUACUCUAUCUGUUUCGAAGAUGGUGCAGCGUCUCACCUACCGCAAACGCCAUAGCUAUGCCACCAAAUCUAACCAGCACAGGGUCGUCAAAACCCCUGGUGGAAAGUUGGUUUACCAGACCACAAAGAAGAGAGCUAGUGGUCCUAAGUGUCCCGUUACCGGCAAGAGAAUCCAAGGGAUUCCUCACUUGAGGCCAGCUGAAUACAAAAGAUCCAGACUAUCAAGGAACAGAAGGACAGUCAACCGUGCCUAUGGUGGUGUGCUAUCCGCUGGUGCCGUUCGGGAAAGGAUCAUCCGAGCAUUCUUGGUUGAAGAGCAGAAGAUUGUGAAGAAGGUAUUGAAGAUUCAGAAGACCAAAGAGAAGGCAGCUGGAAAGAGUUGAGAGAGGGGUUUACUAGUACUGAAAUUUUGACUUCAACAGAAUGAUUAUAAGAUGGGAACUUAUGGAUUCUUGUGGAAGGUACUUGAUCGAAUUUGAAUUCGAAAGAGCUCGUUAUUGUUAGUUUUGUUUGGUUUUUUAUAUUUACGUUUUCAUACUCUUGGUUUCGGAUCUUCGAUUAUAUGAAUGUGUUGCCAUGAUCUGUUAAGUUCUCUUUUCAUCAAA